AUGGCAAGAACGAAGCAGACCGCUCGUAAAUCCACUGGUGGGAAAGCGCCCCGCAAGCAGCUGGCUACCAAAGCCGCGCGCAAAAGCGCCCCGGCAACUGGCGGCGUGAAGAAACCUCAUCGCUACCGCCCCGGCACUGUAGCCUUGCGAGAGAUUCGGCGCUAUCAGAAGUCUACUGAGCUCCUGAUCCGCAAACUGCCUUUCCAGCGUUUGGUGCGUGAAAUCGCUCAGGAUUUCAAGACCGACCUGCGCUUCCAGAGCUCUGCAGUCAUGGCUUUGCAGGAAGCCAGCGAAGCUUACUUGGUUGGGCUCUUUGAAGACACCAAUCUCUGCGCCAUCCAUGCCAAGCGAGUCACCAUCAUGCCCAAGGACAUCCAGCUGGCCCGGCGUAUCCGGGGAGAGAGAGCUUAA